GGCAGUGCGGCCGGGGGCGGUGAGCGGUCACGAGCGCUGCGUGCGUCUGCGCUGCAAGUUCAGUGUCUCUGUAAGUUGUGUGCGCAGUAAGUGAGGAGGGCGGCUCGCUUCCUGCAUCCGCGGCCCUUCCAACUUGUAGCAUUUGGGGAGCAAACUCUGUUUUAGCCCGGAACUUUGGCUUCCAGCGCGAGACAGAGCCGCGCUCCAGCCGAGAAGCGGCGGUGUGGGCACGGUGCGGCUCCGGCCUCGCAGCCCUGCCCGUGUCCUGACGUGCUGAGGGCCGCGGAGUCACAGCGCUGCCUCCCCGAUCUGCCCCCGGGGUGCCUUUCGUCUUCCCUGCAUGUACGGACAUGCAGCUUCAUGGAGCCGUGAUAGGGACAAGGCAGUUCUUCCUGCCUUGCGUGUGGGCUGUCCUUCGGCUCAGGAAGGAGGUGGUGCCCUCCCUCCUGUACGGGGUUGCCCGUUUGGAAGGGUUCCUCAACCAUCUGCGUGGGGAACGGAGCGGAGAUGAAGGAUGGGCCUUUAUGGCUGUGCACUGCGCCGUGAGCUGAGGGGCUGCUGACUGUGGGACAGCCCCACCUGGGGUUCUGUGUUAGUGCUUGUAGGCUUGGAUCACGAACACAGAUAGUACAGUGCCUCGUUUUGAGCCCAAUUUAUUAUGCCAGGUGUUCACUUUAGAGCGGGGUUCAAACAGGUCCACCUCUCCGGUUUGUGUAAUCUUUAAAGUUCCUUUAUACGCAAUUGACGUCUACAGUGCUUUCUGAAGCUUAUUUCCUGUGGAGCGAAGGCCCCUACGUGCCCCUGCCGUGCAGACUACUUUGUAACAAGACACAGUUCUCCGGAACUUGCCCGGUUUGUGUUCUUGGAAUGGUUUGUGAGUCUGCGUGACAGAACUGUAGAUGUCCAAGUAACAAGUUCUGUUUGCUUUGUUUUUAAAGAGAAGCAUACCUCAUCUGGACAACUCUACCCAAAGCCUCAAGCUUCAGAGGAAAUAAGAUGUACCCAUGUGAGCCUGCAAGGUGGCUUUAGCAAUUCCUAUCUGCAUUCUGAUCCAUGACAAGUUAAUUACACCAAUUACACCAGCAACUGAACAGAAGCUCUAUAGGAAACUGUUGUAGUUAUAUUGCAACUUGUGUUACCGUGACUACUUUAUCUCUUGAUAACUCUGUAAUUAACUUGUCACCACUGCUUAAUGCUUAACGUAUGUGGAGAAUCAGUUAAUGGCAUCGCUAAAGGAAUGGUAGCCUGAAGGAGAAGCUCGUGCCCUUUGGGAAGGUUAUCGGGGUUUCCCUGAAUGGCUAAUUCAAGGGCUUGUGUGGAAAAAGUAUUAAGUUUGUUGCGUGGAUAAGAUGGAAAGGCUGAGCCGAAGAAAUUCUGCUUAAACUGACUUCAGUGAUGGGAAACUUUAUUAGAAGGAACAGUAGUGUAAAAAAAAAAUCCAAAGGAGAGUGUGUUGAAGUCACGGGCAGCUAUUCUUGUAGUAUUCUUUCCCAUGGCAGCAUGCAGGUAGGAAUUUGGGGGAAUGACUGCUGAAUUCAGCCUUGGUAUGCCAGCUGCUCUACCUGGCUGUGUUCUGAGCAACCAGAGCAGGACUUCCUUGUGAGCCCUGCCCUUCGUGUCUGAUACAAGGGGUGGAAUUGUCUGUUGUGAUGGCUGAGGCCUCAUUCCUGCUGUGAUGGCCGUUGUGCUAUAUGUGGUGUAAGAGCUGCAUCACUGACUCUGUGGGAGCAGGCUUUAGGUCCUGGGUUGUUGGGGCUUUCUGUGGUGUUUACAUCAACCUGAGGACACGGUGAGCUGUUCUGCUGGGGAUUUAGCUGACCUGGGUUACAUUUAUUUUCCAUAGAAAGCCGUGCUUUUUGUAAUAACCGCAACGCUUCUCAUUUUAUAUUUCACAGAACAAUAUGUUAAAUUCUGAACGUGUGAAACUUCUCAGUACAUCCUGAAGGCAUUAGGCUUCGGCCUAACGCUUGUAAAGAUUUCCUGCAUUGGAAUAAUUUCCUGUUUGUAACACUGGUGAAGUCAGCAAGUGCCUAACCUGGCCUGUAUUACCCAUUCCCCAAAGUUGACGGGUGAAGCCAAAUGCACAUUCCACCAAUAGCAUGACUCGUAAAAGCAAGCACUUGUUAAAUCUAUUUGUUUUUAUUAUGGACAUCGAUCUGCCAGUCGCAAUAAUGCAUUUAUGGACAUUUUUCUGCAAGCGCAGCGCUGGUGGCAGUUUUUACUGACAAAUUGAGUCAUAUGGACAGUAGUUCAAAAUACGCUUACUUUAUUGACGGAUUGUGCAAUUCUCCAGUUUACUGAGUGUUCAUAAGAUAUCUGGACUGGCAAAGAGAAUGUAACUAAUGGGAAGGCGUAGGAUGAAGUUUUAAUUUUAGGAGGCUUGAAAUCUUGUAGGCAGUGACAGGUUUUGGCGGAUGCCUUGGUUGUUCUUGCAGACCUUUUCAUUAAUGCCAUAAUUAAAAAAGCAAAGGUGUCCUAGCGAGGGCUUCAGCUUUGCUAAUUUGUAUGAAGGUAUAACGAGCAAACCCUUCCCAAUGCAAGAGAGAAACCUGUUAGUGUUUUCUUCCCCUCCCAUUCUUGUGCUUGGCCAGCAUUAAUUUCAACAGACAGGUAGAGAAACAGCAACUAUAAAAACAAAUCAAGCCUGUACUGGAAUAUUUUCCCAAAAUACAGCAUGCAAUUUUAAAAGUGCUGAUACUACAACCUACUUGUAUGCUCCAGACUAUUGUUUAUAAGAAGUUGAGUGUAUUUGAAGACCAAUAAAGCUUGUGUGACUUUGGAGUUCAGUUAUUUUGAUUUAGUUUCUUGAAAUAUGUCACCAUUUGGAUGCUUUUUGCUAAUCCUUUUUUGAGGAGUUUUCUUAUUUAUUAUUUUGAGUCGGCAGUGCAAAAGCAUCUUGACCUGAUGUGUCAGGAUUAUGUGCUGCUUUGUGUUACGAUGUGUUCAACAAUGGAAACCAUUUCAGGUAUAUUUGCAAGUCACUUCUUAAAUUUGAACCUGCAGUUGAAGUCUGCCCAACACUAUGGAGGUUCUGAAGGACAUGAAAGUGUUUUCACCUGAAUAGAUACCAGUUAAGGUUUAUCUCACAAAAAUGGGAUUUUAUUGGUAUGAAGUUUGUGAUUUUUUUUUUUCUCUCUGCUUUCCAAGCAAAAUAGUAUAUCUGUACUAUAGAUAGAGGACCUAUAGUGUUGAGUCAAAGGGAGACAGAAUAAUUCUGCCCCUUAAAGAGUAGGAAUGAGUGGCAUCCAGAGGAGCAACAGGUGGCAGUUCAGAUCACCUGUGUACGCUGCACAGUGUGUAGCUGAGUGAUGCUGUUGGAAUUGGGAUGCUAGGUUUGGGUUCAGAAGGCAAGUGGGUGAACACUGAGACCUCUGGGUGUUUCCUUCUGCAUCCAGAAACAGCACUUCUGGCUGGGAAGAUUUGAAACCCGUAUCUUGUGGGGCAGGGCAGUGUGAAGCAGUCACUAAGCACUUGCUGUGCGCUGUUGGUGAAGGUGGGAUGCUGAAGAGAUGGGCUUUUGGUCUACUCUUUGUUAGUAGAGAGUGAGUAUUAAUGCUGUCUUGUAAGUGUUGCAGCUGCAUAAUUAGCAUUCCAAUAAUAUUUUAGUUAUCUGACUGCUUUAAAUGACUCAGUGCAAUGCAAACAGUGAAAUUAUUUUGGGUUGUUUGUAUAUUUGAGCAUGCAGAAGGUCUGUUAAUUAGUUAAACUUUUUAAUAAACACUUAAAGUAAACUUAAGGCCCCGUUAAAUGAUUAAAACUUUUCAAUUUAGCUCUACAAAAUCACAAGGUAGGGCGUACUACAUCUAAAAAUACCCACGGAAUGCACAACUGCUUGCAGAGCCGUGGGCCGGCUUUGGUGGUGGUACGUUUUUAGACUGUUAGUGCAGCCCUGGAAAAACAAUUCACAAACAACUUUUUUCCCCUUUGUCUUGUUCCACUGAAGUUCAGUGUGGUUAAAUACAAUGUCCUGAAAAGGGCGGGGAGAAAAAGGGAAAUCGCUUGCAUGAAAAUAGCUCCGGUUCUUUGCUGAUGUUCCUUCUGUCGGUGAAAUGCUAGGAUUCCUGGUUGGUUGACUGAGAGAUAAGAUUAGCCUCAUUCAAACUGAUCUUAGGCUUUCCUUUUCCUUUUAUUGAUCUUUUCCUGGAAGUAUAGCUGGACUGGUAGGCUUUGGAUCCUGCUUGCAGAGGGCGUGGGGCAUCAUUGCUUUUCAGCUUUGAGGUCAGGCCGUUGGAGGGUGAGCUGUGCCCACAUCCAGCAUUGCAUUUCCAGAGGUUGAAUUUGAGAACCAACGUGGCAAGGCAGUCAAUCAGAGAGUAACUUUCCUUAAUAGAUGCUUGUGCUUUUCUUUUUUUAAAAGAGUAAUAGUGCUGUUGUUUUCACCAGUUUAUUGGUCGUGUGCUAGUGAAUGCACCUCCUCUUUUAUUAUUGGUACUACAGCCUGGCUUUGAAUGCUGUGCGGUUGUGUCUUUGUGCAUCUAUAUUUGAUUCCAUAGUCAGAGUUUCUAAGAAUAUGAUUAACCCUGUGGGUCAUCUUAUAAUGUAAUUAUUAAUGAUUGAUUCUGUUUAUCCUUGAAAUCAAUAUAAGAAGCAAAAUGGUUUGGCAUAUAUUUGGGGUUGAUUUCUUACAUUCAGUAAACAUGAUCUCGUGACAAGACUAGUAUAGGUUUAUUACUCAGAACGUGUUUGAUGAAUCUGAAGUGUGUAAUUAGUUUUAUAUAAUGAUGGUGAUACGUGGUGUUUUUACAUGACUUAUGUUAAUAUGGCCAAUAGUGUUAACAUCUCCUGCCACUAAUAGUUAGGGUGGGGAUGUAUAGUAAUUGAUCUUCCUGGGAGUGCUGUAAUGUAAAAACAAUUCAGGCUGUUUGAAGUAUAUUUUACAAGUGUGCAUUGGGCCUUUGGGAUGUUAUACUGAAAAACCCAAUUGUACAGUUACCAUGGGAACCCAAUUAGAAUAGAUUGCUUGAGUUUUUUUCAGUCUUUCAUCUUGACCAAAAAUCUAAUGUACUUUAAAUGUUUUCAUAUGGAAUUUUAUUCAUAUACUGACUUGAUAUAUUAGCUCUUUUAAAAUUUUACUACCAAAACCAAAGAGUAUUAAGUUCUCUGGAUCCUUAGGACUUUUCUUUCAAGGAGAAUCUUCCUUUAUUAUUUAAAACUUGAUGAACUAAGAAAAAUACUUCUUAGGAAUCUUAGAAGUCUCAUCAUUGUGCUGCCAUUGUGUGUGCUUCGCAGGCUGGAGUUCUGUGAGAGCAAACAGGAAAACUCCUGGAAUCCCAAGGACUUGUGUUCUACACCAUCAGCACCAUCUGGCUGGAAUUCUUCAUGGCCCUUAACGAGUCUUAGUUUUGACAUAUGGUCUGACUGUUCUCUACACUUAUGUUCUGCUAACGUAUUUCAAGGUUUGGGAUGCUUGCAGGAUAGGUCUACAAUACUUUGGCUUCCUGUACUGUAGGUUGUCCUCCUACGGAGGAGCUCCCAUGCAGCACUGAUGGAUUUGUUCAGCUCUCCAUACCUCAGGAGCAUCCUGCACCUGGCUGCUCGUCCAUGGCCAGGGCACUCAAAGAGGAGCUCGGUGGGAGGUGGGCUUCCUUGGUCCCAGCCAGGCAGCUCUGUGCCAGCCAGUGAGGGUGGGGACAGAUUUCUGCCUUUUUCCAUUUCUGCUCGUGAUUCGGUCCCUUCAGUUUGCCCAAUCUCUGCAGAUGUAGGAGGAAACCAGCCACCUUGGUGAAGUGAAUGAUGGUAAGAGCUCAGUCUUUAAGACAGGUUCAGUGAUUUUGGUGUCAGUUUCUGAUAUGUGAACCAGAAUGAGGGUGGUCCUGUGUGGAGCCAGGAGUUGGACUCGAUGCUCCUUGUGGGGCCCUACCAACUCAGGAUAUUCUGUGAUUAUGGUUGAGUCUGAAAAGUCAUUCUUGUGCCAUUCGUGAGAGAUACUGAGUUCUUGGCCUAUCAGCCUUAGGGGAGCCUUCAGCUACAUUUGGAAAGGAGUUAGUGUAUGUAUUGGCCUCUUUUAACAAGGCAGCCUCGUUGAAAGGUUGAUGAGAUGCAUUUUGGAGCCAUGCUUUGAAACUCCCCAGCCCUUUGAAGCUGGGAGUUGUCCUGUAUGGCUUUCCUCUGGACAGCUGCAGGCCUUCCUCCUGGCCCUAUGGUUUGGGUUUUACUGACUAUGUUUGUCCGAUCCACCUGUCAGCCAUACUGACACUAGGAGAGCUCCACCUGGGGCAGAAAUGGGUCAUGAACAGUCAUCAAUCAUUGGGCCUCCGCGGACACCAUGCAGCUUCUGCCCAGCUAAUUGCUUCAUUUGUCCUCCUCAGCUGCCGAGCUCUCCAGGUCUGUGUGUCCAGGGGCUUCCCCUGCACAUCUCCUGCUCUGCAGAGCUCCUCAGUGUGCAGCUGGGGAGCUUGCAGUGUGCUCAGUAAGUCCUUGUGUAAGGAUCCUUACAGCUGGAUCCCUUCCUGGCACAGUCCAGUCUGAAAGUCAGCCAGUUUCUCUGCUAGACCCCACGUCCCACCUGAGCUGUGUUUGCUUACAGUUGGCUUUCGUUCUCUGAUGCAGCAGGUAGAAAGUGCUGUUUGCAGGCACACCUGGUAUAAAGUUGUAGGGGAGGCUGUCAUCAGUUGCAUUGAGGAAGCAUGAAAGGGAGGUGCAGAAAACUGUUGAAGGUGAUUUUAGUGACUGAUCUGUAUUUGCCUUCAGAUUGUGUGGAGCACACCUGAAGUAUGAGAGCAUCCCUAUGGGGUGAUGAGGAGAUAUUGAGAUAAACAUCAGUGCUUUGUGUAGAACUUCAGUAGCAAUUAAGCUGCUGUUGCCACCGCAGAAGUUAGCUGCUGCUUGAAACAACUUCAAGUCUCAUUUAUUUUUUUGUAUUUGAUGUGGCUUCUUUCAUAAGCAGACAACACUUUUUACUGCAAAUAAAUACCACAGUUUUGUUCUGAAAAGGGGCAUUUUCUGAAUGAUGCUGUCCCAGAAACAGCUGCUUGGCACAGAGUGAGCACUCCUUGCGUGGCGUUCCUGCCAGGAAGGAUAGUUUGCAUUCCCUCUCCUUCAUGGUAUGAUUAAUAGGCAGGCAUCUCCAUCUACCAUGGCAUCGAGGCGUGUUCCAAAAAUGACUUCCAAAGAGGGAACAUCACAGUGCCAGGAGAAGCAUGCGGUUCUGCUCAGCCCUGUGGGAAAACUGGAGAUAUCUGGGUGUGAAACAGGAGUACACGAAAUAAAACUCCCCAGACUGAGUGUGCUGCCAAAUGGGACGGAGGCUGCGAUGCGCUGUGAGCUGAGUGGCAGUGUGACCUCCAUGCCGGAGCCACUGCAGCAGUGUGCAGCCUGGCUGAACGCCUACUUCUGUGAGCCCAGCAGGACAGAGCAGCUGCCCCUGCCGCCCUUCCACCACCCCAUGCUGCAGCAAGAUUCAUUCACCAAGGAGGUGUUGUGGACCCUGCUGAGGGAAGUGAAGUUCGGAGAGGCCAUUUCUUACCAGCAAUUAGCAGAGCGAGCAGGCAACAGCCGAGCAGCGAGAGCGGUGGGAGGAGCGAUGAGGAGCAAUCCUAUCCCGAUUAUCAUACCGUGCCACAGGGUGAUUUGCAGCAGCGGGCAGAUCGGCAACUACGGAGGAGGAAACGUUAUGAAAGAGUGGCUUUUGUCACACGAGAAGCUCCAGAAAGAGAAGUUAGCAGAUUGAUGUGGCUCAGCCACAGCUGCUCGACAGCCAAGGCACACAACUGCAGCUACUUGGCUUAUAACGAGCUCUCAGAGCACCCAGCAGAAUUCAGAAAAAUGGUAAAUAUUUGAGUGACAUAUAAAUAUAAUGCAACAUCCGAAGUGGAAUGCGUGGUGGCACCACUAUAUUAAAAAAGCGGUAUGCGUCCUGAGGGAUGCAGCUUGUAUGCCCUUUCUUGUUUUUACAUUUUACAGCAGAAUGACUGCAGCCGUCCAGGCCUGUUGUGCAUGUAUUUUGUUCUCAUCCCUGCUUCUGUUCUGUUCUAUUUUUAAUGUCCAUUAAAGCAAGGAUAAGAGAAUGGGAGGGGCAUGGCAGGCAUCCCUCUGAGGAUGCUUCUGGGUGGCCGAGGAGCCCUGCGGCCAGCGUGUCCCCAGGCAGCCCCAUGCCAGGGCACCCACCCGCUGGUGUCUGGCUGCUGAAAUGGUUUUUGAGUAAAGCCCACGUUGUGGUGUGUGGUGAAGGGCAGUCGGAGGAGGCGGCUGUUUUGCUGCUUGUUCACAGAUUUUCUUUCCAGACUGCGAGAAGUCCUCAAGGCAGGAAUACAAAUUUUGCUUUUGUGAUUGUUGCGAAAAGCAGGUGGAGCUGUAGAGGCCAGCAAGUUGCUUGAGAUGUUUGAAAUAAGCAGUUAGAUGAGUGCAGCUUAGGCACGGCACUGAGUGGGGCUCAUCAUAGUUGCAUCGUUAUCAGCAAUAGGCUUCCUUUAGUGUUGCUGUUUCUCUGUUGCGUGAAGCUUUGUUUCCUGUAGCCUCUCUGCGGAAAGGGUUGGAGAGAUGUUAGCGUUGAAUUCUGAGGUGCUUUAGAAAGCGUUCUCUGCAAUUGCAAGCCACCAGAAGCUGGAGUUUUCUGUAUGGAAAUCAUAAAUUCUAAGUUGGAAAUACUGAUUAUUUUGUGUUUAUCAUACUUUCAUAGAUGCCUCUUUAGAAGGGUCGUUGCUGACCAAGAAAUUACGGUGUUACAGUGCUUUAGUUAAUGUAGUAUUAUUGAUAUCUCAGAAUUACUUCAAUAAAAAAACUGCUUUGCAUGUA